AUGUUCCUGAUCCAUUGGGAGCUGCGCAAAAGUUUGACUGGUUGUAUCAGCAAGCUCUGGCUGCAGAGGAUGCGGGCUGGCUCAAAAGGUCUUCCAUGUGUGGAAUUCCCGUUCUUGCUGUGCCUGCGCUGUCCAGCUUGUUGGGUUUGCGGUCCGAACAACAGCAACCAGAACCCCAUCCUGAAUGUGAAACAAGUCUACGAAAGCAGGGUGGAGGGCACAACUGUCCGCAUUCACAAGACGCAAGUGCCAGCAUUUCUUUUGGACAAUGGAAUUCCAGUCAUGGACUCAUCCGAAUUGGAGCAGCACCUGGCACAGGAGCUUCCGAAGAUGCUCCCAGUCAAACAUUGUCAAUGCAUUGGCAGUUACAGCAUCAAAGGUAAGACACGAUCGGCUACUCUGAGCGAGACUAGCUUGGCGGGUUUGGAGCCAGGCGAUAUCAGAUUUCGCAUCAAAAUUGAUCAUGACUUUGAAAAGUACACAGCGGACCCUCAGAAGUACGAGGACGACUUGAAGUGUGUCAUUCUGAAGUCUCUGGGUUUGGAUGCAAAAAAGAUUCCGGGCACAAAGCGGCACAUCAAGAUUGAGCAGGUGACAGAAGGCAGUGUGAUCGUGGGCAUUGUCAUCGGAAUCCCAGUUCUUGCAGCUGCAGCCUUUGUAGGCUACAUGGUCUACAGACGUUCUAAGAAGCUUGUCGAGGGGUCGUUUCCUCAGAGGCCUGCCCCUUCCAGGAGCAGAAGGACUCCCGGAGCCCACCCCCAGGGAUUGACAGUCCUGCAGCCAGCUCCCGCACGGACAUUGUCUCCAGCAUUGCAGCUCAUUCAACGUGAGGUUUCAAGCAUGUCUUUGCAAAGCAGCGGCAGCAACAACAACAGCAGCGGUGAUGACUGGGAAGUUGUGGUUCACGUGUCACCGACACCCGCAUGCUACUUGCGCGACACAUUGUUUCAGACGGAGUUCGAGCAAUACAUCAAGGCAAAGAAUCUACGGGUAGAUUCUGAAGUUCUCGGCAUCUCAGGGCAAAAGCUGCGGGUGAUGUCAAAGGUGGAGCACGGCCGUGCGAUGCGUGAGCUCGUGACCCUACACACAGCACAAGCCGUGCUGAGCAUCACUGCAGAUCAUCGAGUGGCAGUGAAGGUUGAAGGUAGUUCAUUUCCAAAGGAGGCUGAAGCUGGGCAGCUGAGAAGAGACAUGCAUGUCUUUUGUGGCUGCCGGCCGCAGAAGCUCACCAAAGUGGUGAGGUGGCAAAGCCAGGUGGAGGUGGUGGAGUUGAAGUUCUUCCCAGACUAUCCCAUUGAGACCUUCGAAGCACCCCGCUGGGGCCUCGGGACCUACGGCCAGCGCCACCAUGCCGCCAUCCAGGCACGCAGUCCCUUCGGCCCCUUGGUGGUGGAUGAGGAUUCAGAAAUCUCGGACAUCAUUGACGGUCAUUUUGGGCAGACAGGCGGGGCGCGCAGACGGUGGGGGUUCGGCGAGAGCCUCCGCGGCGCCAGCCUCGCCAUGUGCGGUGGGCCAUCUGUGGCGCCCCAGCGCCUUGUGGCCUGCCAGGCUUCACUGCUGGCCACGGGGAAGAGGGUCGAAGAGGAGCCAGGCGAGUCCAGUGCUACGCCGGCAGCAGCGAUUGGUCUGAAGGUGGCACCAGCCCUCCUGGCCGCGCUACAGCAGCCCGAGCAGCUCCGCUCCCCUGGCUUUAGCGAGCUGCUCGAUGAGUGCGCUGAAAAGGCCGCCGCCAGCUGCCCAAGCUGUUGGACCUCGAGGACGGUGCCGGAGCUUCUGCGGCACGAGAACUUGGAGACCUUGAGACCUGUGACAUCGCUCUCCGGGAGCCUCGCCAGUGUCCAGUGGAUCCUCCUGGAGCUGUCGCGCUUGGCCGCGUCCGGACCGGUGGCCGCCCUGCUGGCCAAGCCGCCCGAGGAGAGCGUUCUCAUCGUGGUCGACGGCCGGGCGGAAGACGUUUACCUCUUCGACUGCCGUCCGCGGCCCUGGCUGCAGCAGAGCUACGUGGCGAAGUUCCCCACGCUCUCCGCACUGGCAUCCUUUCUUGAGGAGCUCUUUCCCAACGAAGGCUUGCAAGGGGAGGCCAUGAAUGAACUGACCGCGUAUCCCUUCGUCAUGCGUUUGGAUGCAGGCCCCGCGUGGCGCAGGAGCGAUUCCAAUUUGACGCGGCAGGACAGCGACAUGCAAGCGCUCCAGUGCCCCAUCACCAAGGAGUUGAUGGCGGAUCCAGUCUUGGCCACUGACGGCUACACCUACGAGCGUCAGAGCAUUGAACAGCACUGGGCCAAUCAACUUCAAGGACAGCUAUCCUCAAGCAGUGAGGAUGGUGAAUCCUGCGGUGGGCAGCGGCUCGCUGCACACCUUCGGACCAGCCCAGUCACAGGGCAGGAAUUGGAUGGCACUCUCCGCGUGAACCGAGUGGUGCUGGACUUGAUCCGCGCGGCCAUCGAGGGUGGCCGCGUCGCUCCGGAGGUCCAAGCAGACUGGGAACGAAGGCGAGCUGAUGCUGAGCACAACGCCCGGAAGCAGCUCCCGGAGGCGCCCAGUAGCGCCACGGACGACGCGCAGCGAGCGCCAAACGACGGGCUGGUGGCCUCGGCGCCGCCGCUCUACGAGUGCUCUGCGGAGCACGUUCGUGUGGUGGGGCCGGCUGAUCCUCCCCGCUGGGGUUUGGCGGCCAAAGUGCAGCCGCCCAAGACGGGGUUGGCCUGUGACUUCGUAGAGGUGGACCACUGGGCGCCCAGCUUCAUGUUCACCUCCUGCAUGGUCCCCGGCUGCGGCCGUGCCUUCGGCCUCUUCCGGCGUCGCCACCACUGCCGACGCUGCGGGCGCUUGGUGUGCAGCAGCUGCUCUCCGCACGUGGCGGUGAACUUCGAGCAACUGGGUGUGGUCUCAGCCACGCCUGAACUGGGGCGAAUUUGUGGAGAGUGCGUGGAAGACAUGUUGGAUCGCCUCGAGCGCCGCGCGCUGGGCGCUGGAGAACUGCAACAAGUCAUGGUGCUCGACGCGCGCCUGGAGAAAUGGACCCAGAUCCAAUGCGACCAGCACCGCGCCGCGGUGCGCACCGAGCUCACCCGUCGCUUCGAGGAGCAGCUGGCCUUGCAGCAGCAACAGCAGCAGGAGCAGCUCAUGGACUCCGAGGUGAGUGUGAAGCAUGUGACGGAGGCCAGUGAUGAAUCGGCACAGGCCGCUCAAGUUGAACGCUCCAGAGAGCUGACUGCUCAGAUUCAAAGGUUGCAACGUGUGAACGUCGCGCGCCUGGAUGAGGACGCCGUGCUGCGUCAUGUCCAAGAGCUGAGCCGAGCAGAGGCCGACUUGGAGCAGAUCCAGGUGGACCUCGUGGCGGCCGCCUCCACGCGCCGCCCGCGGGGGCCACCGCCGCCGCCGCCGACGCCCGUGGCACCUGAGGGGGCGGAGCAGAUCCGGCGGCACUUGGAGGAGCUGAUGCAAAGGGAGGUCCAAGACCUGGGCACCGAGGAGGCGGUGCGCCACUUCGAAGACAUCGCCCAGCUCCACCAGCGCGUGCAGGUGGCGGAGUCCGCCGCCGCGCUCGACUCGGGCAGGCGCGAGCUCUUCGAUGAGGGCAGCUUCGCGGUGGCGACCGCGGCGCCGCGCGCGCCGUGGCCGCUGGCCAUGCAGCUGGAAAGCCCGACGCCCUGGCCCACGGCGCGGAUGCGGAAGAGGGAGCAGAUCUUGAUUCGCGAGCGGCGGCGUGAGGCCUUAUUGGUCAGAGAGGAGUUUGAAGGGAGAAUGAGAGAUUUGGAGCAGGCGCGGGAGUUGGAGCGCGAGCGGCGCAAAGAGAUGGAAUGGCUGGUGCGACAGGCGGAAGUGGAGCGUCAACAGCAAGAGCGCUUAGCGGAAGAGAGGCGCCGGCGCGCGCAGGAGUUGGAUGAGCUGGCGCGCACGGCGGUGAGUCAGAUGGUGGGGCGCCAAGGCUGCGCGCGGAUGUGCCGCAGGUGCAGGGCGGGCCCCAUCAUGAACGAUGCAUGCAGCAAUUUGGCGACCCACAACCGAGAUGGACACCGCAGGAGGGUGAACCAUUGUCCUCGCUGCGGCUGGUUCGAUCGAAAUUGGCACCACUGGCCAGAGUGGGAUGGCAUUUAUGGCCCUCACUAGUUAGACACGAUCUGCUCCCGGAGAUGCCUUUUCAACUCACCAAGCCAGGGUGUAAGAGUAGACGAAGCACGAUCCGAGACGAAGGAAGAAGUUGAG